AUGAAGGACAUGAGUGUACGAACGAUGGAAGACCAGCCUGCCCUGCACGAACUCAUCAAAAUGCAGCAGCAUGUCAACGUUCUCGAACGUUCUAUCAACAGGUUAUCCAGCAAAGCCGAAAUUUAUGGAGCUGUUCAUCAGGAGUUGAGGAUGAAUCACGCCAUGAAUCUGAUGCUGAAGCACGUCGAAAAUUUGAAAGAACAUUUUGAGAAGGACAGAAGUGAUCUUGAAAUUGCCAGGAAAGCCCUGAUUGACAACAACCUCAACGACGUCUUGUCACAUGAACGCGAUUGUUCUGAAUUCAGUUUUAUAUUCGGAUUCGAAUACACACCGAUGUACGAUAUGAUUCGACAAAUUUGCAGUUAA